AUGAAUCUCAUACUUGCUCUCAAGCAUGACUGUCAUGAAGCGUUAAGCAUAUUGACAGAUCGUGUGAGAGUUUACGAAAGUAAAAUAAAAACUUAUGAGACCCAAUGUGCAUUCAAGAUACAAAACGCCAGAUUCGAGCUGUUCAGAAGACGGUUCUAUAGAAGUCUGACCGAAGAACAGCCCAUGAGCCACAUUGUAAGGACUGAGGAAAUCGGGGAUUUUUGGGGUAUGAUAUGGAACUUCGGAAUGGAAAAAUAUGAUGAUACCCAACACAACGAAUAUCUGGAAGAAUUCGUUUCAGGUGAUGAAGUGCAUCAUACUUUUUCCUCUAAAGCCGAAUUUGGGAAAAUAGUCUCCUAUUUGUCCAACUGGAAAGCGGCAGGACCUGAUGGAGUUUAUACCUUCUUUAUUAAGAAGUGCACCUCCUUGCAACCAGACCUGUACAAAAUAGUAAGAAGAAUUUGCCUGAAUGGAGAGGAGCAGGAUCCGUGGUUCUAUAAAGGUACUACCUAUCUGAUUCUAAAAGAUGUACCAAGUAAAGGUAGCGACUUCAGGACAAUAACUUGUAUGUCGAGCCUUGACAAGUUAACAGAAAUGGUAGCACGCGUCAUGCAGUUAGAUGUUGCCAUGAGAAAGCUGCUUGCAGACAAUCAAUUAGGGGCUGUUACUUAG